CGGUCGUCUCCCACCCGGCGCUGCUGAACACCACGCGCGGUUCUCCGGGGAGCUUUCCUGAGUUUCCCGGCAUCCUCCGCGAGCCGCUUCCACCAUGGCUGCCACCGCGGCCGACAUCCAGCACACGCUGGAGAUGCUGCAUAUGACUGUGUUCUCACAGAGCUUCUCGCCGUGUGGGAAAUACCUGGCGGCGGGAAACAGCUACGGACGCGUAGCGGUGUUCAGUCUUAGCUUGGCGCUUGGUUUGGAUGCCACGGAGGAGAGUCGAAAACCCAUAUACACCUUCACAGCACAUGAGAGUCCAGUGUACAGCCUUGUUUCUACGGAUCGGCUGCUCAUAAGUGCCGGCAAUGGAUUGGUGAAGGCCUGGAACUGGAGCGACUUGAUUAAGAAGACCGCAAAGGAGGUGUGGUCAAAGCAACCGCCUUACAAGAUGGGAGUGGACGUACCUGAGAUCAACGCUCUUCUGCUGAAUGAGAAGGACAACUCGCUGUACCUGGGCUGUGGAGACUGCAACGUGUACAACAUGGAUCUCGAGUCUGGCACAUGUAAGCUUUUCCUGGAGGGCCACACAGACUACGUGCACUGUCUGGCGCUCAGAGACCAUGUGAGCGAGGUGCUCUCGGGCGGGGAAGACGGCACUGUAAGGCACUGGGAUGUCAGGACCGGAAACCUCGUGCAGUGUGUGGAAAUCUUCAAGUAUCAGGAAUGUGCCCGGUCUGAGUUUGGAAAGUGGAUUGGUUGCUUGGCUACGGACUCCGAUUGGAUGAUCUGCGGUGGGGGACCCGCGCUCAGCCUGUGGCACCUGCGCUCGCUCACCCCCACCACGGUCUUCCCGCUCAACGGCUCUCACCAUGCAGCCAUGUUUCACCAGGACCUGAUCAUCUCGGCUGGUUCGGGCCACUCCAUCGACCACUGCCAGGUGAACGGGGAAGUCCGCGCGCGCAUCCCGGUCUCCACCCCCUCUGUCUACUCUCUCCAAGUCAACCACAACUCCUCCGAAAACAAGGUUCUAUCUGCUGCUGGUAGCAGCCACAAGCUGGAGGUGUUUACCAACCUUGGGUACCGGGCCUUCUGCCUCGCCUUCACCUAGCUCACAAAUAACAACAAACGCACAACACAUUCAUCGAUAACACCGUGUGUGGCCCUAGGUGACGUUUUGGGCAAUGGCCCUUCUUCAUGACGUUUGACAAAGAUGUGAUAUGCAACAAAACGUCGCCGAAUUAUAGACGCCUCCUUUUAAGGCCACCGUGUUAUUUGAUGAACGUAUUGAGUUAUUUUGUUAUUUGUGCUUGUGUACCACUGCCACUGCAGUAUCACGAAAUAGCCCACACAGACAAAGAUUUUCACGUACAGCCUCUAACAGAUUGUUCGGUUGGCAAGUCCCAACCUAGCUCACAUACUCACACACUCAGACAAAAAUCCCCCGUAUAGGCUUACCAGGAUGUUGGGGCAAGUGCUGUUAGUGAGCACCUAUGAAACCCAACAUGGUGCAAGAGGAGGUUGGGUGGCCAACAUCAAGCCUAGCUUCCUUUGUCUACUCAGUGCUGAAGUUUAAUACACCACACCAGGUACUCUCUUAAGCCUGAGUCGACCUCGGGUAGGCCCAGAAUAGGUUCAAGUAUCCGUCACUGAUGUUGGUCAUUAGCGGGAAUCAAACUCAAAGACAAACAUCCCCUGUAUGACCUUUAGCAGGCUUUUGGGGCAAGUGCUGUUUGCGAGCACCUGUUACGGCCUUCCUUACACUCACAACAUAGGCACAUGCCCCAGCACAUGUACGUUUAGCGUGCGUGUGAACACCGAAGGUCACAUACAUGCACGGGUGUGAAUACAGGUAUCAUCGACUCGUUAUUACGAUGGCACCACUAGUAGACCCAGGGGAAAGUUUGCUACUCUACAAUUGUGUUCACUCGAACAGGUUUAAUAGUAAUUUGAACUGUGCCUUGCAACAACACACUCGAGAACGUUAACGCAUCAUCGCUGGGUAUGUGAGCAUUUGUGCUUGUACAGACCUCAUCAAAUGCUAAAUACAUUACACACGGGUACGUGUGCACGGUGUUAACUCAAAAUACCAGCUAGGAUUGGAUGUUUUGUAGCACGUGUGUGCGUGAUCGUUAUACGCCAUGUGAUCUCUGUACGAGGGCGUAAGUUAACACGAGAGAGCGACCGCUUUCUUUGCGGCUACACUCGGGACAAAUGGGGGGUCUCUAUGAGCAUGUAUCUCUGUAGCGAGGUGAUAUCGCAAGUGCUGUUGUGCGUGCGCGCGCGUACAUUACACUUGUACACGCACAACCAGGGGACUCUUCGGCAUGGGACCAAUGUGAUAACCAAGGUUGAAGUUCAUUUUCUUGAACCUGUGUUGAACUCAAAAGAGACCAGCAUAGCGGGGUCUCAUUUGCAAGAGAGAUCUGCUGGGUCACUAGAAUAUCAAAAAGAAAAUCAAAUACAAAUCAGAAGAGAAGUGUGCUUAUAUAGUAACAUACGAGGGUCCUAACCCUGGAUGAUUGUAAAAGAUGGGCCAAUCACUGCCAAGAGUCUGGAGCCGUCAUUGCAACUUCUGGCAAAAAAAGAACGUUUCGCUUUCAAACUUUCUGUAAACCAAAAGUGGAUGUUCGCCUUGCGAUGCCUUUGUAUGUCACUCCACAAACUUGGCACAACAUUCGUACCCACGUCUGAGAGAUCUUUCACCACAUCCGGAAAAGCGUACGUUGUUGACACACCACUCGUCAGAUUCGUUUUUGUUUAUAAUAAAAAUGUUGUUUUAGA